CUCUCUCUCAUUAUUCUCUUCCCCCUCAAAAACUCCCAACCGCUCCCUCCCACCCAGUAUAGAUCUAUACUCGCUCUCUCUCUUCUCUCUCUCUCUCAAAAUUUGGUGACGUAAACAUCACAACAAGCUCCGUGUGUGGCUUUGCAUCUACUGCAUCUCUCUCUCUCUCUCUCUCUCUAAUAACUGAUUCUCUCUCGUACUCUUCUUCACAUAUUCUGCUUUGGAGAUGGUUUUGGUCCUCCAUUCCUAGAUAUGAAUCGGACUUUGAAGGAAUCUCUGGCCGCCGGAAGGAAUAUUCCGACGAGAACGCAGCACCGACGUGGUCUCAGCCUCACCGGUAUCUCCAGGGAUACCGACGAGAACUUGGAUCUCUUCUCUCGGAACCGUCGGAGUCUCUCCGUCGCUUCCUCCGACGAAUCGGACUUGAAACUUGGGAGACUUUCAGUUGGGUCUGCAAAAUUGGCUAGGAGUGGAAUGGAUGAUCUAUUGUCAUCGACCGAAGGAGGAAAGCAUGACUAUGAUUGGCUGCUCACUCCUCCUGGAACUCCUCUUUUUCCUUCAUCAGAUGGAAGUGAGUCUCAACCACCCUCAUCAGCUCCAAGAAGCAGUUCCUUGGUUAGAUCAAUUUCUACAACUAAGGCUUCAAGGCUUUCAGUAUCGCAAUCAGAGAGCAAUAAUCACAUGAGAUCAAUCAGAAGCAUUUCAGCGACACGCCCUUCAAUCUCUAGUAGUCAAUAUAGUACCUACUCAAAUAAAUCUACCUCAAUCCUCAACACAAGCUCAGUUUCAGUCUCAUCUUACACAAGACCUUCUACCCCCACGACUCGCUCCUCAUCUACUGCAAGACCUUCCACUCAAUCUUCCAGACCUUCCACUCCAUCUGCCCGACCUUCCACUCCAUCUGCCCGACCUUCCACUCCAUCUGCCCGUUCAGUGACAUCCCGAUCCUCAACUCCUUCUAGAGCUCGUCCAGCACCCACCAGCUCUUCCAUUGAGAGAACCAAACCAUCCCAAAAUUCAAGACCUUCAACUCUAAGUUCUAGGCCCCAAAUUCCUGCAAACUUGAAUACCCCAACCACACGGUCAGCUUCUCGGCCUUCAACGCCUACUCGUCGGAAUUUAGUACCUUCUUCAUCUCCAUUAUCUCCAGCAACAAGACCUUCAACAUCAUCUGGGCGUGUUCUAUCUAAUGAGCGCAAUGCAUCAACAUCAUCCAGGCCUAGCUCCCCUAGUCCACGAGUUCGGCCCCUACCACAGCCAAUGAUUCUUCCUGAUUUCUCACUUGAGACACCACCAAACCUACGAACAACAUUGCCGGACAGGCCACUUUCUGCUGGUAGGUCCAGGCCUGGUGCGGCUGUUACUGUGAAGGGGAAUAUAGAAAUGUCAACUCCUGGAAAUUUACCAAGAAGACAACCAUCACCCAUUGUCUCUAGGGGAAGACUCACAGAACCCUCCGUAAGGGGCCGUUCACAUUCCAAUGGGCAAGCUGUUGAUACAGUGGAGUCUCGUAAGGCAUCAUCACUUGUCUCAGAACUAUCAACGCGGAAACCUAUAAAGACUUCAGCAACAUCCACAGAUAGCUCAGGAUUUGGGAGGACUAUCUCAAAGAAAUCACUGGACAUGGCUAUCAGACAUAUGGACAUCAGAAAUAGUAACGGUGCCAUUCGUCCACUUUCGGGUACCACCCUCUUCCCUCAGAGCAUUCGGUCUGCCAAACAAAAAGGCCAAACCGGUCGUGCUUUUAGUGCUCCAGCUUCUGUCAACGGAAACCUGCCUAUAAGCAAUAAUGGUGUCAUUUCAGAAAACGGAGACUAUCUCAAUAGGUCUCCUGAAAAUGGGACGAAAGAAGAGAAGUGUCGACUUUCAGCAAAACUCACUGAAGGGGACAUCUAUGAGAGCUCCCGGUAUGAUGCAAUUCUACUCAAGGAAGACUUGAAGAACACAAACUGGCUGCACAGUGUUGAUGAUAAGUCUGAUCAAGGACCCAUCUUUGAUAAUGGAUUUGAGCAUCUGCCUGAACCUUUUGACGUCUUAUAACCCAUGUUAAGUGUUUGUUCUUGAUGUUAUGCAUUUUUCAAUAUUUUAUUUUUUUAAAUUACUUGCUUGAUUUUAAAGAAAAUCUUUCAAUUUUGCUUCUCUCUCUCUCUCUCUCUCUCUAAGGUGAUAAGAGGGUUCCCUUCUAUAUAUAUUGUUGCCCUUUAUAUGUUAUUUCCUCAACUUUGAGAGUGAGGUGCAUCCUUUUUUUUAAUCUUCUUUUUUCCUUUUUUUGGAAUUAUUCAAUUUCUGAUGCAAAGUAGAAUUGUGUUUCCAAUUUAAGUAUGACAGCAGCUGUUUCCCACUUGUAUUUAACACCAGAUGGCAUUGGAA